UCCCUUUCCCCGCCCCCUGCGCAGGUGUGAGCGCGCAAGUGUGCACCCGGGCGAGUGUGAGUGGGAAGCGUGUGUGCGCGGGGGAGUACGCGGAGGGAGCGCGGGCGGCGGGCGGCGCGGGAGGCGGGAGGCAGGGCGCGGGGGAGGGGGCUGGGAGGGAGUGUGUGCGCGCGUGCAACUCCACUCCGGGGCUUUGUGCGAGCCCGGGCGAUAGCAUCAGCGGCGGCUGGAGGAGGAGCGGCCGGAGACGCGUGCAAGCCCGCCCGGCAGCCGGGGCAGGUGGGAAGCCCGCGCGGGAGCCGAGCCGACGCGAGCCGGAGACGCCGCAGCCGAGUCCGAGCGGAGCCCGGGCGGAGCCCAGGAGCCUUCGCUCGCGGGCGGCCCGUGGGCGGCAGCCGAGGCGGGGCGGGCGCCGGCGGGGCGGCCCCCCAGUAAGAUGUGCGCAGCGCCGCGGGGCGCCCCCCACUCGCAGAGGCGCUCCGGAGCCGGGCGGCUGGGCCAGGCGGCGCCUCGGGGGCUGCUGCGCGCCCGCGCCUAGAGCUGCCGCCCCAGGGAGCCCGCCACGGCCGCGCCCCGGGCACGCUCCGUGGCGCCCAACGAUGACCGCUCCCUGGCGGCGCCUCCGGAGUCUGGUUUGGGAAUACUGGGCCGGGUUCCUAGUGUGCGCCUUCUGGAUCCCAGACUCGCGCGGGAUGCCCCACGUCAUCCGGAUCGGAGGAAUCUUUGAGUAUGCGGAUGGUCCCAACGCCCAGGUCAUGAACGCUGAAGAGCACGCCUUUCGAUUUUCUGCCAACAUCAUCAACAGAAACAGGACUCUGCUGCCCAACACGACCCUGACUUACGACAUUCAGAGGAUUCACUUCCAUGACAGUUUUGAGGCCACCAAGAAGGCCUGUGACCAGUUGGCACUGGGUGUUGUAGCCAUCUUUGGGCCAUCGCAGGGCUCCUGCACCAAUGCUGUCCAGUCCAUUUGCAACGCCUUGGAGGUUCCCCACAUCCAACUGCGCUGGAAGCACCACCCACUGGACAACAAGGACACCUUCUACGUGAACCUCUACCCUGACUAUGCCUCUCUCAGCCACGCCAUCCUCGACUUGGUCCAGUCCCUCAAGUGGCGAUCAGCCACCGUGGUCUAUGAUGACAGUACAGGUCUCAUCCGUCUGCAGGAACUCAUCAUGGCCCCUUCGAGGUACAACAUUCGCCUGAAGAUUCGCCAGCUCCCGAUUGACUCGGAUGACUCCCGCCCCUUGCUCAAAGAGAUGAAGCGGGGCAGGGAGUUCCGGAUCAUCUUCGACUGCAGCCACACCAUGGCAGCCCAGAUCCUCAAGCAGGCCAUGGCCAUGGGCAUGAUGACGGAAUACUACCACUUCAUCUUCACCACUCUGGAUCUCUACGCACUAGACCUGGAGCCCUACCGCUACUCGGGAGUGAACCUGACUGGGUUCCGCAUACUCAACGUGGACAAUCCCCAUGUCUCAGCCAUUGUGGAGAAGUGGGCCAUGGAGCGACUGCAGGCAGCUCCCCGGGCAGAGUCAGGCCUGCUGGAUGGUGUGAUGAUGACGGAUGCUGCCCUGCUCUAUGACGCGGUCCACAUUGUGUCUGUGUGCUACCAGCGAGCGCCACAGAUGACCGUGAACUCCCUGCAGUGCCAUCGGCACAAGGCCUGGCGCUUUGGUGGCCGCUUCAUGAACUUCAUCAAGGAGGCUCAAUGGGAAGGAUUAACUGGACGGAUUGUGUUCAACAAAACCAGUGGCUUGCGGACUGAUUUUGAUCUGGACAUCAUCAGCCUGAAGGAAGAUGGCCUCGAGAAGGUUGGAGUAUGGAGUCCAGCUGACGGUCUCAAUAUCACUGAGGUUGCCAAAGGCCGAGGUCCUAAUGUCACUGACUCUCUGACCAAUAGGUCACUCAUCGUCACCACUGUGCUGGAGGAGCCUUUUGUCAUGUUCCGCAAGUCUGAUAGGACCCUUUAUGGCAAUGACCGGUUUGAGGGCUACUGCAUCGACUUGCUCAAGGAGCUGGCACACAUCCUGGGCUUCUCCUACGAGAUCCGGCUGGUGGAAGACGGCAAGUACGGGGCCCAGGAUGACAAAGGCCAGUGGAACGGCAUGGUCAAGGAACUCAUUGACCACAAAGCAGAUCUGGCUGUGGCUCCCCUGACCAUCACCCAUGUCCGAGAGAAGGCCAUUGACUUCUCUAAACCUUUUAUGACCCUUGGAGUGAGCAUCUUAUACCGCAAGCCCAAUGGCACCAACCCCAGUGUCUUCUCCUUCCUCAACCCCCUGUCCCCGGACAUCUGGAUGUACGUGCUCCUUGCCUACCUGGGUGUCAGCUGUGUCCUCUUCGUCAUCGCCAGAUUCAGCCCUUACGAGUGGUAUGAUGCUCAUCCCUGCAACCCCGGCUCAGAGGUGGUGGAGAAUAACUUCACACUGCUCAACAGCUUCUGGUUUGGAAUGGGCUCCCUGAUGCAGCAAGGAUCUGAACUGAUGCCCAAAGCUCUGUCUACCCGCAUCAUUGGCGGCAUCUGGUGGUUCUUCACCCUCAUUAUCAUCUCCUCCUACACGGCCAACCUGGCUGCCUUCCUGACUGUGGAGCGUAUGGAGUCGCCCAUCGACUCCGCUGAUGACCUGGCCAAGCAGACCAAAAUAGAGUACGGUGCUGUCAAGGACGGGGCCACCAUGACCUUCUUCAAGAAAUCCAAGAUCUCCACCUUUGAGAAGAUGUGGGCCUUCAUGAGCAGCAAGCCCUCGGCUCUGGUGAAGAACAACGAGGAGGGCAUCCAGCGGACGCUCACAGCUGACUACGCCCUGCUCAUGGAGUCCACUACCAUAGAGUACAUCACACAGAGGAACUGCAACCUCACCCAGAUCGGUGGCCUCAUCGACUCCAAGGGCUAUGGCAUCGGCACACCCAUGGGCUCCCCCUACCGGGACAAAAUCACCAUCGCCAUUCUGCAGCUACAGGAGGAGGACAAACUGCACAUCAUGAAGGAGAAGUGGUGGCGUGGCAGUGGGUGCCCCGAGGAGGAGAACAAGGAGGCCAGCGCCCUGGGCAUCCAGAAGAUCGGCGGCAUCUUCAUCGUCCUGGCCGCCGGCUUGGUCCUGUCCGUGUUGGUGGCAGUGGGCGAGUUCAUAUACAAACUCCGCAAGACAGCGGAGCGGGAGCAGGUGAGGCCCUGGAGGAGGCUGCGUUGGACAGGGAAGGAAGCGCUCCUUCUGCAGCACAGUGGCCGACGAGAUCCGCUUCUCCCUCACCUGCCAACGGCGUCUCAAGCACAAGCCCCAGCCUCCUAUGAUGGUCAAGACGGAUGCGGUUAUCAACAUGCACACCUUUAAUGACCGAAGGCUGCCAGGCAAGGACAGCAUGAGCUGCAGCACCUCGCUAGCCCCUGUCUUCCCCUAGACAUGGGUCCAGCGGGGACUUCAGGCCCAGUCCACGCAGAGGAAGGCAAAGGAGACCCGAAAGGACGGACAUCCUCAUCUCGUGCUGGCCUUGGGGAUGGAGCUGCUGGCCGCAUCCAGCUGUGAACCAUCAGCUCUUAACCUACCGGGAAACCCACACGGACCCUCGGCCGGCUGCUCGGGCUUCAUCUCCUCUUGUCUUGUCUAUGGCUUUCUGAAGCUGUGAAGGCCAGCGGAAGCACAUGCCUCUCAGGCUCCAUCACCAACCAUCUCUCUUCUCCUCCAUAGCCAGGUAUUUCUGGCAGGCCUCUGCCGAGGCCGCAGAACACGGAAGAUGGCUCUAAAGCUCCCCUCAUUCCCCUCAAGCCAGGCCUUCUAGCACGCAGCCACGAGAGCAGAGACUCCGACUCGGGACACCUUAUGGGUGUUUGGAUGAGGCUGCCAGUGGGAGCUCAAAGGCAGUCAUCCAUACCUGGACAGAAGCAACGCUUCAGCCCUUAAGGGCUAUUCACCUGGGUCUGCUCAUCUCAAUAUGGCUUCACCAACAGCAGCAGCCCCUUGGCAACAUGAAAAGCUGUGUGGAAAGGAGGUGUUUGGUACGGGAGAAGGAAACACAGAUGGAGACUGUGAUCUCAGAUGCUUCGGGUCAGUGUCCUGAGCCACAAACGUCUCGAGAGUCCCCAGGAAUGCGAACGAGGUCGUCAUCACAGCAGAUUGUUCUCCAAGGCUGCACAGAACAGAGAAGGUGCCCUCCCUCACAAGGAACGUCCAAAGACUCAGUUGACAUUGGUAGGCCAGCAGAAGAAAUAUGGACUCUAUAAAAAUCCCACAGGCCCUUCAACCAAUAGACCAACUUUGCUGGCAAACAAGCCAGCAGUCGGGACCCUGGGUUCUCUACCAUCUACUCAUUGGCGAUUUCCUGUCCCCGGCCAUUUGAAUUUGGCCUCCCUCUGUCAUCCUGAGAAGAGAAGAGCGGUCUCAGCUGAAGCGCAAGCCAAGUCAACAGCUCCUCAGAAGAGGAAUUGCUGUCCCCCCUCCACAGACUAACUUUGGGGUAGGUGGGAGAAGCCAGAGGGGACCUGAAGAACUUUCUGGGUACGCCCAACCUAAUGAGCCCCCUAAAGAAAGAAAGCUUUCAGGGACAGGAUAUAAGACCUCCAGAGGCCCCCAGGGUAGGAAGGGAGUAGCUGCCUCCUGGAAGAUUAACCAAAGACCCAACACAGAGACACAAGGCCAUUCUGGCCCCUGAUCUCUUUUCUGGAGCAGCUAUGGUCUUAGGGGAUUGAAGGGAGACCCCAGAGGAGAAGCCAGAGAAGGUGACAGCCAAAGGGAUGAGCAGAUGGCCUGUGGUUCCAUCUCUGGAGGUUUGAAACCGUCAUGGUCAUUGGAAAGGAUCAGAUGUGAGGGGUUAGGCAAAAAGUGUCCUUACAGAGAGCAUGACAGGGCCAUAGGGGCCUCCACAGCUGGAUGGAUGUUGGUCUCUGAUCAGGGACCAGGGUGAGCAAUAUGGGUUGAGAACUGAGAACUGGGGGACACCAGUCACCCACAAUCCCUCACUUUUCUGGUGCUGCUGGAGGGGGCAGGCUUGGAUGAGCUACAUCUAGAGCUUAAGUCUUCUCAGCAGAGGUGAAGGAACCCCUUCAGCCAACGGGGUGGCCCCCAUGAUGGGCACAUGUGAUCACUCCCACCAUGCCGGUUCUUGGGAGCUCUGGCUGGCUGGCUGCACUGGGGGAGGGAGGAAAGGGGAGACUCGCAGCCAAGCCCAGUGCACAUGAUGAUAGGAGAAGCCACGCUGGCCCGGGAGAGGAGAGCACACAUGUCUGCGUGUUUGACUUUCUGUGUGUGAGUUCCAGCCGCUGGUGAUGAAGGACAGAUAUAACACAGCCCUAGCAGGCAGGAAUAGGGGCCUCCUUUAGGACGAGUGUGUGUGUGUGUGUGUGUGUGUGUGUGUGUGUGUGUGUGUGAGAGAGAGAGAGAGAGAGAGAGAGAGAAACGGGUAGCAAAGAGCUCAAUCAGGACCGGUAACAGAGUCUCAUCUAUGUAAAAACAGGAGAAGCCAUGUGGAGAUGGGGCUCUGGUGAGUGUAUAAUGGAUGCAAGCGUGAAUAAAUGUGUGUGUGUGUGUGUGUGUGUGUGUGUGUGUGUGUGUGUGUGUGUGUGUGCACUGAAUGGCAGAGGGUAGGGACCAGGACACAGCCUGAAGUAUAGCCAAAUACUUGUAAAAGGAGAAGCCAUGUCAUCAGAGAUCCUUGUGUGAGUGCGUGUACAUCCACACUCGUGUGCAUCCACAUUUGUGUGCAGGCUUGUGUGCCCUGAAGACAGCACGGGAGGGCAGACCAGACUGCUGUGCCCAUUGGGUGGGUGUGUGCUAUACAGGAGGAGUCGUAAAAAUGGAAUGAGUGAGUGUGUGUGUGUGUGUGUGUGUGUAUGUGUGUGUGUGUGUACUCAUACCCAUGUAUGUGCAGACAUGUACCUAAGUUCCAAUUCAAAUCCUGCGUUGAGGCAGCAGAGCAGUUAGUACGGCAGGGUACCAGGAUGUGUCAGCAUGCCUGCUAUGGGAGGGAUCACUGGCCACAGCUUUCCUGAGGGCUCCAUGGGAAAAUGCACAGGGAGACACCUUCUGGGGCUCACCUUCUGGGGUGAUGCCUUCUCCUUUGCUGUUCAUAGAGUGUCCUGUUGAGAGGGGAAAAAUUCUUCCUUCCUUCCUUCCUUCCUUCCUUCCUUCCUUCCUUCCUUCCUUCCUGCCUGCCUUCCUUCCUUCCUGCCUUCCUUCCUUCCUUCCUUAAAUCACCCCUACUGACAGGAUCCUCAUGAAACCAUUGUCAACUCCGUUCUCAUCCGCUGUAGUCUUUAACCACUGUCUUCUGUUGUCCAAUACCAUUUUAUAACACACACCCACCUCCAUGUUCAUAUCACACAUGUGCUUUUGUGCAUGACACUGCAGACGUGUCAUGUUCUUUCGAGGCUAUGCACAUAUGUAGACUGUGAUGGGAGAAGGGACGGGGUGUGGUUGGUGGGAAGGGUGUUCAGAGAGGUAAUGACCACUGGGUGACGGCAGUGGGGGUGGGGGUUGGUUAUAGACUCAUUCCGGGAAGAGGGGUGGCGUGCUGCAGGAUCUCCCCUCCCACCUGAGCCUUAUAUCCAGAGGUAUGGCUAACGCUUGCCCUCUGGCUGAAGUCCUGUGUUUGUUCUAGAGACCAGCCCAGUCCCAAACAGCCUGGAGACCACCCUGCCCAGCUAAGCUGUGUCUCUGCCAGGGUAGGGAAGGGAGUCAAGAGGGAGGCAGAUCAUUCAAGUGAAAACCUGUCCCAACCCCCUAAGGGGUGCACAGAGCUGAGGCUGGAACACACAAAUGCUCUGAGGAGCAAUGGGAAACACAAAGAUUGGUUUGGAUGGAGCAGAUGGGACAUACCUGAGCAGGACCAUGGCUGGCUGGCUCUGUCUGAUCAUAUAGGCCAGCCCCGAAUAGAAGAAUGCCUCACACAACUAUGUCUGGGCUUGAGCUCCACCUAUUUAUACCAGCCCUGUGGUGGGGCAGCACCCAUUCUGUCCGGGCCCUGGGGGCUAUUGGACAAAGACUGCCUCUACCUUGGCCUGUGCCUGCUUUCUCUUAUGGACAGUCACUGAUGAAAUUUGAGCACUUUGUGGGGGCUCAGGUGGCUCCUGGGCAGUUGUGUUGGCCAGUGAGUUGGACUUAGAAUCCUUGAGGUAAGAGACUGCCCCUCGGUCAGCCUGGACUGUCACAGCUGGAAGAGCACAUGCUGAGCCCUGCCUUUGUAGCAUGCAAUGCGGGGAGGGGUGUGCAGAUUAAAUAUCUCCACGAGGGAGCGGAAGUCAGACCAGGCUCACGUUCACCAAGAACCGUCUGUCCCUUCCUACCUUCCUUUCUGGUCCAGGGAGGGCUGAAGGUGGGGUGCAGCUGCUGCUGCUUCAUGCCGCAUGAGGCCAUGCUACACACACACACACACACACACACACACACACACACACACACACGCCCCAAAGCCAUUCCCUACUGUAGGCACCAGCAUCUGAACAUGACAAACUCCAUGGUCCACCUCUGGAAUUGCCCUGCGUGGAUGCCCACCUGGAAGGGCCUUCAUGCCAUGGACAAACAACCGUAUGGAGUUAACAUCUGGGACCCACCCAGUCCAGUGGACAGAUCUGAGAAUUGGGUCCAAUCCUGUGCGCAGAUCUCUGAGUAAGAUAUAUCUGGAUGUCCCAGGUUGUUGGAGCAAGGUGCACAUCUGGAAUAGGCCUAACCACUUGCCACGGUGGAAGGGGCCUUGCCCUUUUGUCUCUGUCUCCUAGAGUUGAAAUUUUAGAGCUGAGGUAUAUGUGAAGUCACAGAAUUGUUUUAGAUAGAAGGCUAAUGUUCUGUACAAUAUAUAUAUGAAUGUAAAAAAUAUAUAUAUGCUUAUAUAUAUGCACAGUGUAUAUAUGACCCACAACCCCUGUGUAUACAACCCUUCCCUGCACGUCUACACACAAAGUGUACAGAACCCAGCCAGUAUGGGUGGGGACCCAGUGAGAGACAGGGGCUGCAGCAGAGAGGUCAGGUUUACACAGCCCUCUGGAUCAAGCCAGACCUUGCCAGCAUCAGUACUGUGGACCACGUCAAAGAAGGCAGACUAGUGCGGAGGUGACAGGAAAGGGACAGCCAUGGAUGAGCAUCUCCUCCAGGGAGUUUGUAUGAGGCAGGACAGCGGGCACACCUGAGGAAAACGGCCUUGCUAGUCGUUGAUCCCUGAGCCAAUAUCACAGUCUAGUCCCAGUACCUAGUGCCAGAGGAAAAUGGAAGUAGAUUGCCAGGCCUGCCCUUAUCCCUGCCUGCAGAGUAGCCUGGAAAGUUGUCAAGCUGCAUCUGAAAUCACCCAGAUGUCAGAGGAUCCUGGGUGGCAAAGGCCUCACAUAUGCAAGGUGCCCACAGCUCAGGGCUAGAGCGUGUCUCUUUUGAAGAGAACAGCCCGAGGGCACUGCCGACAUGCCCGUUCAGCAUCCUGAUAAACUAGUUAUGAAUCUAGUUCUUCUACCCUCGCCUUCUAGAAUAGAGGCUCCCAAAUCACCCCGCAGCUGUCUGGUUUACUUUUAUAGACCAAAACUCUGAGGCCUCCCAGUAGUAGAAAAAAACCCAUAGAUUCAGAUGCUAGCUAAGAGUCUGCCCCAGUUCAUUCUGAGACAGGUACAAAGUGGCAGGGAGCUAUCAAGGAACCAGAGAGAUUCAAGAUGGCAGCGCCUGGCCUUGCACAGCCCCUUACUGUCUGCCAGUCCUCGUUGUUGUUCUUCUCCCAACAGGGCAGCUGGUAGAAAGCCUCUGUCAGGUAGGUCACAGACCUCUGUCCCUGCCGCACCUGGAUCUGUCUCUUGCCAGUAAUUUGAGGCCUUCAUCCCUUUCCUGGGUCCGAGCAUCUCUAGAGUGUGCUGGGGAGAGGAGACCUGGGCUUUGCUUUUGUGUGGUCUGCAGCCUGCCCUUUGCUUCAACCCCAGCCCUUGGGCCAUCUACACUUAAAAGCCAGGCCCGCUCCUGCAGCCACGGCCAAGCGCACCGAAAUCUCCAGCUGCCGCUGAUGAGGGUCCUGUCCUGGCUCCACAGAGACCAGAGGCUCCAAGAGCCCUCACGCCACUGUGCUCUGAAACCCCACUUUAUCCCUGCCUGGGCUGACUUCCUGGCUGGGCCUCCGUGGUGGGGACCUCAGCUCCCAGCUCUUGGGCUGAGCCCCCAGACAGUACCAUGGGACUCUAAGAGCCCUGGCCUGUCCCACUACCCAGACCAGAGUGCCUGGACACCCCCUCCCCCAACUCCCACUCAACAAGGUUCCCACACACUGGUCUCUGGGCCAUUCAGGGGGUGCCCUUUGUGGACAUGCAGAAUUUCUAUGAAUAUAGUUUUUUGUAAACAUUUUGUAACGAUUUGGGUUUCAUAGUAACUGUGUUACUUGCCAAUCAUUCUAAGCGGAUGUAAAUAAAUUUCCAAACAAAUCUGAUUAUUUUCCUUUUUAAGACACUGUGAUAUAUCAAAGUGCACAGUUUGCUGUAUGAAGUAAUAUGGUUUUAAAUUUUAAAUAAAUGUUUUUAGAAAAUGGG